CGAAGCUGCUGCCUUAGAAAUUGCUAUAUCCCUUGACAUACGAAAACAUAACUGUAACACGUCGGAAUAAUUUUUGGGGAAAAAGCUGGGAACUGCCGUUAAGCCCGAUCACCGUUAUCCACACUUUGAAACUACAAUCGGACCACACAUUUCAUUUACGGUGUCUAGGAGGGCCUAGUUCCGUCUGAAGGUUUGCCAGCAGAGGACCUUCAACGGCGAUUGGCGGGAGGGUGGCUGCCUUGCAUUGUGAUUUGCGCGGCGGCUUAUAGCACGCUAGGGCUAUGGCCGCCCCAACCGCUUACUUAGGGGAGCCUGUGGAGGCCCCACCCACUGAUGGCAUCUCACGCGUUAUAUUUAGCCAAACCAGCGACCUCCUUUUGGCGUCAUCUUGGGACAAGGGUCUUCACUUGUACGACGCCAACACCCGCCUGCCCCGCGCAACCUUCACCCACCAAACGCCCCUCCUAGACUGUUGCUUUGAGAGCGACAACACAGUAUAUGCUGCGGGCCUUGACGGGCAAAUAAAACGGUUCGAUGUCCAGACAGCUAGCAGCGUGGUACUGGGGACCCACAUGAACGCGGUGCAGUCCUUGGCCUACCUGACGACGAGAGGGUUGCUUGUGAGCGGCAGUUGGGAUCAGGGGCUGCGGUUGUGGGACCCGCGGCUGGCUCCCGGACAGAACUGCGUGGCUGCGGUGGCGCUGCCGGGCAAGGUGUAUGCCAUGUCGGCGGGGCAGGAGCGGCUGGUGGUGGGCACCUCGGGGCGACACGUGCUCAUAUACGACAUCCGCAGACUGAUUGGCGGCGAGGGUCCGGAGCAGCAGCGGGAGUCCUCGCUCAAGUACCAGACCCGCUCGCUGGCGGUGUACACGGACGGGCGGGGCUAUGCGCUGGGCUCCGUGGAGGGGCGCGUGGCCAUGGAGUUCUUCGACGCAGCGGAUGCACAGGCCAACAAGUACGCGUUCAAGUGCCACCGCCGCAACGAGGGCGGCAAGGACACCGUGUACCCGGUGCACUCCAUCGCCUUCCACUCGGGGUACGGCACCUUUGCCACCGGCGGCGGAGACGGCGUCAUUUGCAUCUGGGACGGUGAGAACAAGAAGCGGCUGUUUCAGACCGCGCGCUACCCCACCUCGGUGGCCUCCAUGUGCUUCUCACGGACCGGGGAGAUGCUGGCAGUUGCCUCUUCGUACGCGUACGAGCAGGGAGAGCGCGACCACCCAGCAGACGCCAUCUACAUUCGUGCCGUACAAGACGUGGAGGUACGGCCCAAGGCACGGAAGGCGGCGGCUUGAACGCAGAGGAGCACAUAUCCAGCUCACACAAAAAGAGGAAGCAGCAUAACAGCGUAAGGCUAGAGUUGCACUGUUUGGGAUCUCCUGGUGUGAAGCGGUAACCACUGGAAAGGCGUGUGAGUCGCGUGAACACCUUUGCAUGGAUUGGCCGUUGGCUCGGCGCCGCAGCAUGUGCAGGUUGCAUACAUGUGAUGGACUGAUGAUGCAAAUGCGUCGGGGAAGUAAGGGCAUCUUGGCAUCUGGAGGUUCAUGCCCGACUUGCGUGCGGAUUGGAUGUUGCCUGGUUAACGCACUUGCGUUAAUGCACUGGUUCGAAAUGGGUUAUGGUGCUGGAGACAGCUGGUAGAGCAGCAACGGUCAAGGCGGUCGGGGCACG